AACACACACACAGUGAUCAACUUGAGGUUGAGGUGACGGAAUUCUUCAUUGGAUCACGUAUGAUCUUGGCAGAAUUUUCUUUCAAUUUUAAAUAAUCAUGAUAUUCUGCAUUUCCGAUUGAACUACAAAUAAAGGGGGAUAAAGAAAAAGAUGUCAUCAUCAUCGACGUCGAUGCUGACGCCGACGCAAAAAUACGGGGCCGGGGCACUCUUCGCGAUGGCCCUGCACCAGACCCAGAUCCACCAGACCAUCCAAUUGGGCCUUCCCGACGGCGGCGGCGGUGCGGCGGAGGAACGCCUUAGUAGCGGCAGUGGCUCCAACUCCGAUUCCGAAGACCCUCAGUUGUGGGUCCAUGAAUCCUCCGGCCUCCUCCGCCCUAUCUUCAAGUUUCUAGAAAUUGAUGGCAGCGCGUGGCUUGGAUUGGAAGAAACUGCCGCUUGCUCACCUGCAAACAAUCAUUUUGGAGCUUUCCUAAGAUUACUCGUAGAUGAAAAUCGAGACGUGUCAUCAGAAACCGCUGAAAAAGAAGUUGCCCUUGUAAAGGGCAUAGAUGCCAUGUCAGCGAGCAUGGAAAAAUCUCCAGCCGAGCAUGAUUCCAAAAAGGAAAAACAACGCGAGUACGAGACUGCCUGUAAGGAGAAGUUUUCAACCCCCGAGUCAAUUGAAGAAUCGAAAGUCAAAGAUAGUUCUCAGCAGGAAACUAAUGUUAUUGCUACAUCUGCUGUUGAGCAAGCCCAUAAACAUUCAAUCUUUGAAAACGAUGGAAAACCAAUGGAGGAGGCAAAUGUGGUUAGUUAUACUAGGAAAGUGACGGUUCUGUACGAGGUUCUUUCAGCUUGUCUGGCUAAUAUUCCGGAGGAGGAUAAUAAAGAUGCCACAAAGAGAACAAAUGGUUACGAUGCGAGGCAUCGUGUGGCGCUCAGAUUGUUAGCAACCUGGUUCGAUAUCAAAUGGAUUAAAAUGGAAGCAAUUGAAACGGUGGUUGCUUGUUCAGCAAUGGCUAUACUGACGGAGGAAUUGAAUGAGGAAGAUAAAUCACCGGAAAGCACGUGGGCUAAGUGGAAACGUGGAGGUAUCAUAGGUGCUGCUGCAAUAACCGGAGGUACCUUGAUGGCCAUUACCGGAGGUUUGGCUGCUCCAGCUAUAGCAGCUGGUUUUGGUGCAUUAGCACCUACUUUAGGGACUAUAAUACCAGUUAUAGGGGCAAGUGGUUUUGCUGCUGUUGCUAGUGCCGCUGGAAGUGUUGUCGGUUCUGUUGCAGUUGCAGCUUCUUUUGGUGCUGCUGGAGCUGGACUUACGGGGACCAAAGUGGCUAGGAGAAUCGGCGAUGUUGAAGAAUUCGAGUUCAAAACCAUUGGCGAAAACCAUAACCAAGGACGACUAGCUGUUGAGAUCUCGAUUUCAGGAUUUGUUUUUGAGGAACAAGACUUUAUAAGACCUUGGGAAGGACAACAUGAUAACUUGGAAAGGUAUGCAAUACAGUGGGAGUCGAAGAAUUUAAUUGCAGUAAGCACUGCUAUUCAGGACUGGCUUACUUCAAAAAUUGCGACGGAGAUGAUGAAGCAAGGUGCCAUGAUGACUGUGCUAAGUACUCUAAUGACAGCACUCGCUUGGCCAUCAGCAUUACUCACUCUUACUAAUUUUAUUGACAGCAAAUGGACUAUUGUUAUUGACAGAUCGGAUAAGGCAGGAAAAUUGCUUGCAGAAGUGUUACUGAAAGGGUUGCAAGGGCAGAGGCCUGUGACUCUAGUAGGUUUCUCGCUCGGAGCAAGGGUAAUAUUUAGGUGCCUCCAGAUUUUGGCUGAAAGUGAUGCUAAUGCUGGACUUGUGGAAAGAGUUGUUUUGCUCGGAGCUCCCAUUGCAAUUAAGGACAUGAAUUGGGAAGCUACUCGAAAGGUGGUGGCUGGGAGAUAUAUAAACGCAUAUUCCACAGAUGAUUGGAUGCUUGGAAUAGCAUUUCGUGCCAAUCUUCUUACCAAAGGAUUGGCGGGAAUUCAACCGGUUGAUGUGCCUGGCAUUGAAAACGUUGAUGUGACUGAAAUUAUCGAGGGCCACUCCUCGUAUCUAUGGGGCACUCAACAUAUCUUAGAACAGCUUGAGCUCGAUACUUACUAUCCCGUUUUUAACCGUAAGAUUGUCAAAUCAUAGAUUAUUGUCUGUUUAGUGCACAACAUAAUCGAAGAUAGGGCAAUGUUUUGUGGCUGAAUUCCGUGGAAUUAGGGGUAGUGGAAGAUCCUUACAUUUCCGUUAAAACGAUUCAUCUUAACAUUAAUUGAGUGUAUGGUUUUCGGAGGAUUUCUAGAGUUUCGAUUUUUAGUAUUCUUGAAUGUGCAGAAUGUUUUUAUUUUUAUAAUGUCCUAAAUAAAUGUUAUAUUUGUCAUUCAUUUGUAAUUCUAUAUUAAGUACUUUUUUAGUUGAUACCAUAACAAACUUUUUUU